UGCGGCGUCUGCUAGAUCGCUAAGAGUGUUUUGUUAGCAGAAAAAACGUAAUUUAAUCUAAUCUGCUAGAAGAUUUAGACUGCUGUUUUCACGAAAUGGGUGUGUUAAGCUUACCCUUUGAUGUUUAUGCGAUGGCAACCUGUUCCGGUUAAAAUGAUAUGCAUUUUAUAAAUAUCAGUCAUGUCAUUGACGGUGCAUAACCUAUGUGUGAUGUUUCUAACGUAAAGUAUGUACCUAAUUGUCGUCUAAAAAUUGAAAAUACAUUUGAUUAAAUGAUGAGAGAUGCGUACCAAGGGCCUGCUAUUGUUGCUUAUCUGCAUAGCAGGAAGCAGCAUUAUCUUCAUUGCUUUCAGCAAUCAACGACCUUCCAUUCAAACUCUAGUUACAGAGACACACAAGCAAUUACGAAACUUCCAAGAAAAUUUGAAAGACGUUGAGGAAAAGCGCUUGGUGACAGAUUCCAAGUAUCUUGCGAUGCUUGGGCUGGAUGGGCAAACAAGCACAACACCUUUUAGUCUUAAAUCUCAAAAUGUGACUGUUGUCUCUCUUAUUAGGCCUGGAAACGAACAACACAUUUACGGCUUUGUGAGAAAUAUCAGUCACUUUUUGCCAAAUAACAGUAUUGUCGUAUAUAGCGUCGGUUUGAACGACGAUUCUCUGCAAAGUAUUAGGACGGCUUGCAACUCUACGAAAUGUAAUGUGAUUCAUUUUGAUAUAAGUCUAUUUCCGGCCCAUGUUGAAGAUGAUAGGCUACAUGUUUAUAGGCCACUAGUUAUUCAGACAGCUUUAAACACAUUAGGAAAUAUACUGUAUAUGGAUUCUAAUAUGCGUUUGAAUUCUUCAGACAUUUCAAAGUAUCUUUCACCAAAAUCUGGGAUUUUAAGUUGGCCUACAAGGCAUGCGAUUAGCUCUUUAACGCACCCGAAGAUGUAUGAAUAUUUUCACGUUUCUGCAGAAAGUUUCUUCUUUCUUCCUUUAAUAAGAGCAUCGCACUUAGUUAUUAGAAAUGUUAAAGAAAUUAGAGAGAAAGUAAUGUUGCCAUGGGUUCAGUGCGCACUGACGAGAGAUUGUAUUUGUCCUAUCGGAGCUCAAUCAGCAGGUUGCCGAUUUAAUAAGAAACCACAGUAUCGGUAUUCCGGUUGUCACGCGUAUGACGCUUCUGCACUGAAUAUCGUACUCGGACUGCACUUUAAUUUCGAUGAUACGUGUUACGUACAUCAAGGGCGAGAAACGUACUUCAAUAGGGUACAACCAGAGGAGAUUACGGAAGAGUAUGUUACGAUCACACGACAGAAUAACGCGACUGAGUCGAACUUGCGGAAUAUCAUAUCAAUUGAACGCUAAUUUCCCUGAUAUCACGAUUCAUAUUGAAACAUGAAUCAAUCGAUAGAUCGAUUAAGCACAAGUUAAUAUAAGGAUACAUAGAUAAGUUGAAGGAUAAAUAAAGAACUUUAGCGAACAACAAA